CCUAGAGGAGGGUUUUAUGAUUACAACUCGCAUCCUGUCCAGUGUUGAUGUUUCCACUGGAAAGGGCAUCCCCGGGUCUCAGAGCCGGCACGGAUAGGCAUGUACCCGGUGGUGUACACCUAAGCUGUGUGAAUCUCCCGCUGCAUGGUGUCCCAGUCACCGCCGCUCGGCCGUACAGCGCACCGGUCUGGGGGCACUGCCGCUGCGCUCCUCUUGCCCUGUAGGGGGCGCCGGGUCCGGCUGCGCGCACACACCUCUCUUAGCUCGAAGCCGCCGGACGCACACGCAGAGGCCGCCGCAUCAUCACCGCCGCCGGCCCCGGGGACAGUAGCCGCGGAGACCAGAGCGAGGGGAGAGGCAGCAGUGGCAUGGGGCAGUGUGCGGGCAGAUCGCUGACAUAGGCCCCCACCCCAUACCCCGCCAUGUCUGAGGGCCUGUACGAGAAGUUCCUGGCCCCGGACGAGCCCUUCCCCCUGCUCUCCCAGCGGCCGGGCAGCAUGAGCGAGGAGGGGUGCCUGGAUGUCAGCGACUUCGGCUGCCAGCUCUCCUCCUGCCACCGCACCGACCCCCUGCACCGCUUCCACUCCAACAGGUGGAAUCUAACAUCAUGUGGAACCAGUGUGGCAAGCUCUGAAUGCAGCGAGGAAUUAUUUUCCUCUGUGUCAGUAGGAGACCAAGAUGACUGCUACUCCCUCCUGGAUGACCAAGAGUUCACUUCCUUUGACCUGUUUCCUGAGGGCAGUGUUUGCAGUGAUGUCUCCUCAUCCAUCAGUACAUACUGGGACUGGUCUGAUAGUGAGUUUGAAUGGCAGUUGCCUGGGAGUGACAUUGCAAGCGGAAGCGAUGUGUUGUCAGACGUCAUUCCCAGUGUACCCAGCUCUCCUUGUCUGCCUUCCAAGAAGAAGAACAAACACAGGAACCUAGACGAGCUCCCUUGGAGUGCUAUGACGAAUGAUGAGCAGGUUGAGUACAUUGAGUACCUCAGUCGAAAAGUCAGCACAGAGAUGGGACUUCGGGAGCAGCUUGACAUAAUAAAGAUCAUUGAUCCUACAGCGCAAAUCUCCCCUACUGACAGCGAGUUUAUCAUCGAGCUGAACUGCCUGACCGAUGAAAAGCUGAAACAGGUGAGGAGCUAUAUCAAGGAGCAUAGUCCCCGGCAGCGAUCCGCACGAGAGAGCUGGAAAAGGAACAGUUACAGCACAGCCAGCACAAGUGGUGUGAGUGGGGCGAGUGUGAGCAGCAGCAGUGCCAGCAUGAUCAGCACAGCGAGCAGCUGCUCUAGUGGCGGUAACUCCGCCUCCAACUCAAGUGCCAACAUGAGCCGGACCCACAGUGACAGCAAUCUAUCCGCAAGCGCAGCAGAAAGAAUCAGAGAUUCAAAGAAGCGGUCUAAGCAGAAAAAACUGCAGCAGAAAGCCCUGCGGAAGAGGCAGCUGAAGGAGCAGAGGCAGGCCCGGAAGGAGAGAAUCAGUGGAUUAUUCCUAAACGAAGAAGUCCUCUCGUUAAAAGUGAACGAGGAGGAACAUGAAGCAGAAGUGGAUGUGCUCAUGUGACGAGGGUGGAACUAGCAGUGUUCUUAUUAAGUCUCAGUAAGGCUGGGUUAUCUGAGUUAUAAAGUCUCAGGACUUAGAUCUCCCACCCCAUGCAGUAUCCCCUUUUCAUACCACUUUGCAGGACGCAUCACACAUUUUACAGACAGAAGUGUGGACCCUGUGCAAAUUCUUCUUGUAGUUCAUCUGUUGCAGGACUGUCUCCUCUUGUUGUUAGGUGGCCACUUCAAAGCUAAGCUUUAUUCAACUUUAAUGCUACAUUCUUUGUACGAGUAUCGGGAGGAUGAUUUGGACCAUAUGCAUUUGUCGUAUGCAGACGGACAUGGUUUCUUGGUUCUUAAAAAACCUAAUGUACAGGUGGGGCUGUUCAUGGUGAUGUACUCUUUAGCCGGGUUUUAUUGUUACAUCCUGUGUCAUUUGGAGCUGUUGCCCGCAUAUCUAGUAUGGCUUACAUUAAGAACUGUUUACCUGUCAGAUAAACCAUACACAGUUCUCCAGUUGUGAAAAUGUGACAGGGAAGCAGUGUUUCCAAUAAAAAACUUCAGAACUAAAA